CACUGACACGUUGGGGCUGCCUAGGAGAAGCCAGCGAUUUGAAUCCUGGUGGAAAAGCUCUGCAAGUUUUAUUAGCUGGUGAUUUUUUUUUUUUUUUUUUCUUAAUUCAGACUGUCUGUAUUUCUGUGACGCUUUACAAGAAGCAGAAGACUCAGCACAACAUUUUUGGCAGAGGCCUGUUUGGAUUAAUUACUGCUUUGGGCAAAAGCUUAUGGGGCUCCAUCUGUUUCCCAUCUCUCCAGGAUGAGAGAGGUUUGGGUUCGGUUUUUCCCCUCUCCCUGUAGUUGAUAGUUUCGGAACCAGAGGUGAUGCUGGAGUCGAGAUGGCAGACAGUGUGAAAACCUUCCUUCAUGACCUCGUCAGGGGAAUAAAGGACUCCAUCUGGGGCAUCUGCACCAUCUCAAAGCUGGACGCCCGGAUCCAGCAGAAGAGGGAAGAGCAGAGGCGAAGGAGAGCAAACAGCGCGCUUGCCCAGCGGAGGUUUCACAUGGAAGAGAAGAAGCAAGAGAAUGAACCCCGGAUAGUGAGCCGGAUAUUUCAGUGUUGUGCCUGGAACGGAGGUGUAUUCUGGCUUAGUCUCUUCUUGUUUUACCGAGUAUUUAUACCUGUCCUUCAGUCAGUCACGGCACAGAUCAUCAGUGACCCUUCCUUACACGGUGACGUCUGGUCUUGGCUGGAGUUCAUCCUCACCUCCAUUUUCAGCGCCCUCUGGGUCCUUCCCCUCUUUGUGCUCAGUAAGGUUGUCAAUGCCAUCUGGUUUCAGGACAUUGCAGAUCUUGCGUUUGAAGUUUCGGGCAGAAAGCCUCACCCCUUUCCCAGCGUCAGUAAAAUCAUUGCCGACAUGUUGUUUAACCUCUUGUUGCAGGCGCUGUUCCUCAUCCAGGGGAUGAUAGUGAGCCUCUUCCCCAUCGAUAUCAUCGGGCAGCUGAUCAGCCUCCUCCACAUGUCGCUGCUCUAUUCGCUCUACUGCUUCGAGUACCGCUGGUUUAACAAAGGAAUUGAAAUGCACCAGCGGUUAUCCAACAUUGAGAGAAACUGGCCCUAUUACUUCGGCUUUGGCUUACCACUGGCUUUUCUCACCGCGAUGCAAUCCUCUUACAUCAUCAGCGGUUGCCUCUUUUCCAUCCUUUUCCCCCUCUUCAUCAUCAGCGCCAACGAAGCGAGGACCCCUGGCAAAACCUACCACUUCCAGCUCCGGCUCUUCUCCUUGGUGGUUUUCCUCAGCAACAGACUCUUUCACAAGACGGUUUACCUUCAGUCUGCCCUCAGCGGUGCUUCCUCCUCCUCCUCUUCCUCCGACCGCCUCCUCUCCCCCCAGCCCUCUCCCGCCAAACACGCCGCUGCACAGGGGCACUGAGAGCCACCCAACCCCAGCGGCUCCCCCUGCCGCCAUGGAAAUUUUGGGGACGACAGAAAAAAAAAAAAAAAAAAAAAGAAAAAGAAAAAAGGCGGAUUUUUAACACCUUUGUGAGUUUCCAAAAGCUGGCCGGCGCCUGUUUUA